UUAAACAAGGAAACAGAUCACCCUCUUGGGACAGAGGAUCCCUUUUCCAGACUGUGUCACGACUCACUCCAUAGCCUUAGCGAAGACCAUAAUAGAGUAAGCGUAGUGAGACUGAGUAGCUAGAGCGAAACGGACAGAACGAGGUGACACUGAAUCAUGGAUCUGGGUCUUCUGCUUGACAGUCUUACUCCUUCAUGGAAUUCUGUUGCUAUACUAGCAGCAUUUUUUGUGUACUUGGCAAUAGCUGGAUCUAUAUUGCCUGGAAAAAUUGUUCCUGGGGUUACCUUACAAGACAACACUCGUCUUCGUUAUCGCUGCAACGGCUUGGUUUCACUUCUUUUGCUGAUUGCGCUUAUUGGGGUUGCGGCUAAGAUCAAUGUCUUAUCGCUUACUGCGAUAUCAGACAGGGGUCUUGAUCUUCUUUCAACUACUUUUUUGUUCAGUGUACUGGUUACUUUACUCCUCUAUGCUUCUGGCCGCACUUCAAGAAAUCAGGAUUCUUCCUUGAAGCCUCAUAUCACAGGAAACCUUAUACAUGACUGGUGGUUUGGCAUACAGCUGAAUCCUCAGUUUUUGGGCAUUGAUCUCAAAUUUUUCUUCGUUAGAGCUGGAAUGAUGGGCUGGCUACUUAUCAAUCUGUCGGUUCUUGCAAGAAGUAUUGAAGACAGGACUUUGGAUAGGUCAAUGAUCCUGUUCCAGUUAUUCUCCACACUUUACAUCCUGGACUACUUUGUUCACGAGGAGUACAUGACUUCCACAUGGGACAUAAUAGCAGAGAGGUUAGGUUUCAUGCUGGUAUUUGGAGAUCUAGUGUGGAUCCCUUUCACUUUUAGCAUUCAGGGUUGGUGGCUUCUGCAUAAUAAGGUUGAAUUAACAACAGCUGCAGUUAUAGCAAAUUGUUUCGUCUUUAUAAUGGGGUAUUUAGUAUUUAGGGGAGCUAACAAGCAAAAGCACGUGUUUAAAAAGAAUCCAAAAGCACUAAUAUGGGGAAUGCCUCCAAAGGUUAUCGGUGGAAAGUUGCUUGCUUCUGGUUAUUGGGGAAUUGCAAGACACUGUAAUUACCUUGGGGACUUGUUGCUUGCAUUUUCCUUCAGCUUACCUUGUGGAAUAAGUUCCCCAGUUCCAUACUUCUAUCCAAUAUAUCUUCUAAUUCUGCUAAUAUGGAGAGAAAGAAGGGAUGAAGCUCGGUGUGCGGAGAAAUACAGAGAAAUCUGGGCAGAAUACUGCAAACUUGUCCCUUGGAGAAUAUUGCCUUAUGUCUAUUAGUAAUAGCAUAAUCAAAGGCUUUGUACUUGUAAACAAUGGCUUGUCUGCCUGGAGAUCUCUUGUGCUCUUUAUAUAAUUACUCAAAUUUUGUAUGCAAUUUUGCAUAAUCUUGCAAGGAAAAGAAAAGGGCUUUGCUGAAACAUAUUAUUCAUGGCUGUCAUUGAGGUUUACUGAGGAAACAAACAGUCAUGAAUAAAACAUAUUCCACAAUAUUCUUCCUCAACCAGUUCGUCAAGUCUUGUUAUCAUUUUAUUAAGGCCCUUGGGCCCAUUUUGAUGGAAAAGGAUUAUGACUGAUUCACUUCAA